AUGAUGUUUGAUGGUCCCAUUUACAAUAGCCGCACCACCCGAGCCAAUGUCGAUGGAAAUUACAGGGUGACCUAUCACUGCGAGUCAGAGGGGCCCCUGCCAGAUACGUUCCAUCUGGCCGGCGCAGGAGUUACCACCGCGGAAGGCUGUGCUCGACUGUGCCGGGACGAUUCGAGCGGCUGCCGAGGUGCUGUUUGGGGCUACAGGCAGGCCGAGUGCUGGACCUCAAACACUGAUGAAGGGGGAAAGAUCAUUCCUGCCGCCGGAAUGCUCUACAUCGACCCCAAUGACCAUGCCGCAGGUCUGGAACAGUGUAAGAGCGAGAACGCCCAGCUCCAGGCUCAGCUUGAUGAGUGCAAGAAGAGAGGUGGCGGUGAUGGCUCAGGAGAGAAGUGCCCAUACAAUGAUCUCAGCAGCGUCACUGAGAACAACAAGACCUUCAAAGUAUACUGCAAGAGAUUGGAUGAUUGGGGCGCUGCGAACAUUCGCAUUCUGAAUGCUGCCAAUGCCCAAGCCUGUAUUCAGGCUUGCUCGAACACUGAAGGUUGCACUCGAGCAAUCUGGGAAACCAAAGCAACCUUGAAGGAGCCGAUUACAUGCUGGCUCCGCAGCUGGCUGACUGUCGACAAGGUCCCAACCAAUUUUAGUGCUGCAUUCAGCAGUGCCCAUCUUCAGUAG